AUGUCCCCGCCCAGCGCUAAGCGCCAAAAAAUUGGAUCAGAAGAUGGUCGCCCAUGUGAGGGCGAUCAACUUUCUGAAUGCGAAGUUGGAAUUUCGUCAUAUGUGUCAGUAGAACAGCGUGGGUUUUCGGGGUCAUUAAAGGGAAGGUUAGAUAUUUCUACUUUCGUACUCACGCUAAUUAGGUGGGAAGACUUCGUUGUACAUGAAAUCGAAAUCCCUCAUCAGAUUUGCAAGCUCACAUCGAUCAUUCCGAUCGAUUGCCAGAAUGGAGUAUCCGUAGGGCAAACUGUAGAUUUUUCUGACCUAGUCCAUAGAACGCGCAUGAGCCCCCCGAAGAUAUGAUUUUGCCUAUUGAGAUUGAUGAGGUCCUCAAAGAAAUAGACCGGGAAACAAUGUUUGAGGCCUCUUUUCCGGUAAAAACCAAGUCCACCAACAUUUUUAGGCUUCUGACGACAAAGGGGAACGCGAACGCUUUCAUAAAGCCAUACGACAUAAUUAUCCGUCUUUAGUCAGUCGUACUGCCGAUGUGGAUAAUAAUCGUUUUGUUAUCGUAACAAAGGCCAGUAGUGCUAAGGGUUUGUUAAAAGUCUUCUAACCCUCUUAGGACAAAAAGUGUGGGAGCGAGUUUCGAAGGUUUACGACCCGCCAAAGGAAACACCAUAUUGCCACUUUACGCUGUAUAAAGAAGGGAAAGAUACCAUAAAUGCCCUACACAUCAUUGGACGGAUGCUGAAGUUUAACUAAUGCCGUUUUCUAACUCUCAGAAUUAACUCCAAUACUUUUAGUUACGCGGGAACGAAGGACAAAAGGGCAAUAACAACCCAGAGAGUCUCCGUUAAAAAGUAAGCUUUUUCUCUAUGCGUUUACUUUCUUCUAAAUUGAAAUCUUUCAGCUUGCGCAUAUAUAGGGGUCCCUGAGAACUUUAUUGCCCGAUUUCAUUUUCACUUUUUAAGCCAGCCUGAAAUUGCUUGCAAGGUCAGGGUAUCCCGCCGUCUAACUAGUGCCACUCAGGGGUGCAACGUUGCUUUCAACACAGCUCGUCUUGUCAGUUUACGUUGCCGUAGUAUGGGAGGAUUCGAUUGACUCCGUUCGAGUUCUAGUUUUAUCUCGUUCUCUGCACUCUUGUGCAUAGUGCUUUUACCGCGCUAGCUCGUGAAUGUUACCGAAUUGCAUUGAGUUUGCCGUUUCCCGCCUGCAACGGAGUGCUUAUUUACGUCUCAGUUCGAUGAAGGUCUUGAUAUCACAACUUCCAUCCACUUUAUUUAUACGCCCAAGCCUAGCUUAAUUAUGACCGGCACAUGUUACGUUAAUUCGGCCGUCGCAAACGACGAUGUUCACCGCGUGGUAUGGUGGUGGUGACUUGCGCAUAAGUUGGUAUAUAGUCAAAGUAAACUUACGCCGCAUCUGCCGCUUUCUAUUGUCCCCGGUGGCAAGGCAGAGUAAGAAAGACCAGAGGCGGGAACGGGUACAGUGGCUGACAAAUCCCGCUUACGUGCCCCGCACACGCCCGGCUCCUACACGAUUAACCAGGUUUUAGCAGAAAUCUGAAGUUGUCUUUCCGGAUCUCAUCGGAGUGAGAGUGCUAUAUGCACCACAUUGAGAAGAAGCCAUUGUAUUCUGACUCUCCGCCCUGAGAAGGUCGAGUUAUCCCCUCAGUUGGUAGCUUUCAAGGCCACCACUUUUAGCGCAGCGUGAUAGUUCCCAAGCCCGUCAAAGUGUUCAGUAAAAAAUGUUAUGAAAUGUCAUGGGGCUCUUGGCGUGAUAUUUGUUGUGAGAGGCGCUGGCUUCACAGCACUAUUAGCUCGUGCCGUGCUCUUAUCUGGCUUCCGUCUUUUUUCAGCGCAUCCACCCAUAGGAGCCCUAACUGAUACAUAUUCACUGUUAUGGUCACCACUCUCGAAUUUGUUUGGUGCCCUCCAUACUACAAUGUACCUUUUUCGUUUUAGCAUAUCAUCCAAGAGACUUGCAUCCCUAAACCCUCGCCUUAAUGGCAUUAAGGUUGGAAACUUUGCGUACCUCCCUUACUCUAUCGCUCUUGGCGAUCUGUAUGGAAAUCGCUUUUCGGUCGCUAUAAGGUGAGUUAUUUAAACCAUUUAACGAAACAUACAGUCGAGAUUACCUUCGUCUCACUUUACGGUUUCCUCUAACUUGUUUGAUACGCACCCAUCCUGCUUGCUGUAGACUGGGCAGGUAACUUGACCCAACUGUGAUUAAACUCGCGUCUUCGGGUGGGGCCUCGUAGAUCAGGUAGCUGGAGCGUUGGCUGUACUAAAGCCUUCCCCUUGUUGCCGUUAUUUCGAAUCUCACCAAGGCGCCGAAAUUUUCACAGUUGGGCAAAUAGGAGUUAUUCAAAAUAUUGAAAACAUCUAUGAAUUAUUAAUAUAGUCGUCUUUUGCUUACUGCCCGAAUAUUCAUCCGCAGACUUGACUUGCGCGACCUCGCUACCCGGCAACCGGCCUUCACAUUUCCCCUUGUUAGCAUUCUGGGAAUGACUGUACCGCUAUUAUUGUCGAAGACAACCGUGCGCACUGAUUUUCAGUUUUUGCUGUAGACCUUGCUUCAACCCUUCCUCAACCCAUUCCUAGGGACCUCCGAUCGUGAACUAGGCGGGACUUUUUCUUUGACUCUAUAAUCCCCUCCUUUUUGAGGGAUGCUUGAACUAUCUUGGUUCUGUUAGCGCAGGUUCCCGAUUUGUCUGAAUAAUUUGCUGUGUGCAUGAACCACUAUAAACACUGUGGGGAAGGACUCUGAUUUUCUGUGCAGAGGCUACGGUGUUCUUGUAUGCUCAUUAUCAAUAUCCAUCAGAAUAUCUUCUGAUUUGUUAGUUUUUCUUUGUCUCAAAGCCUAUAUGUCUAGUUUCGACAAGGUACUGCCUCAGGAGUUUCAUUUUAUUUCAGGAUUGUCAUCAUCAUGCUUUGCGCAGUCACCCUUUCAACUCCCGUUGAUAUCGCGCCACGUUCGAAAUGUUGGCACUUGUACAUCGCAGCCCUUGGCUGACUGAUAGUUCGUUUUUACCUUGUGUCCUGACAAAGGACACAGUAAACUAUCGUUACCCUACCAGACUGAGGUGCUGAUGACGCCACAAAAGAUUAACAAAAAUUUUUUUGGCCCGUGCUCUAUCGGGUUGGUUGUUCAUGCUACUUUCGGUUACUCCCUACAUGCUAUUCAGUGUUCGUUUUUACCCUGCAGGGACGUGGUCGCGGAUGACGGCGUCAUCCAUCGAGCCAUCAUGGAAUGGCAAAAACGGGGCUUCAUAAACUAUUUUGGACUGCAGAGAUUUGGGCAUUCGGCACAUGCGCAAACUUUCGAGAUUGGAAAGCAAGUUUCAGAACAAUCAUUUAAACCUAAUGUAUAUGGUAAAUCGUUGUCCGGUCUUGCAGGUUUUAGUAUACUUCUGAGUCUUCGAAGAUAACGUCAAACUCCAUCCAAGGCUCUUAAUUUUUUUAUCUAUGAAACCUGCAUUUAGGAUUCCUCCACCUCCUCUAAAUGCAACCUUUCGUGCUUGCUCUUUGUAAGCAAACAAAACGCCCCUUUUUCGAACAACGUUAACAUUUCGAUGGAAUUGUUAGUCGAUAUCGUCAUAAAAUCUCGGGACCUCCCGUCCACAUUAAGUCUUGACAUGCUUAUAUAAUUAGGUUUUGUUGCAUAAGCAGUCUAGACCAGAGGAAGCGUAAUGAGCAACAAACAGCAAUUAAGGGUAGUCAUACCCCCAGUCAGUGUUAACUGAAACCCGCUUUCGUUUAGGAAGGAUCACUCAAGUGGGGUUGUGAUACUCAUUACUGUGCGGCAUAAUCCUGGGGUAUUUGAUUCACGCCAGGAUGUUGGCUUUUGAAUGCGCUUCCUUUCAGUCGCCUGCGAAAGCCGCAAUAAGUAGGAGAUGACACCCGAGGUUGUGUGCGUUUUUUCUAUUGAUUUCCGAUGCCCUUAUAAAUUCGAAUGUAAUUUAUGGAUGACAUGCGCAGAGAUAUUCCUAUACUCAUUUGAUAGGUAAUCGCUUCUUCAAAUUUUAUAUUGGAAGAUGGGAUAUCUUUCGGUUUUUAGAAAGUUUUGAUGUGAUUUUUAAGACUGUGCGCUGCCUUUUCAAAUAGUAUGGUGUCUGCUUUUAAUGCUUCUCAUGAAGUAUGCAACAUAGGCACAUCCAUUACGAAAUUUUAAGCUCUAUAUGAUGCUUUAUUAAUGACAUAGGGAAAUUCAUUAUCUUUCUCACACGGAAAGUUUAUUUUAUUUAGAUAUCUUAUCAAGUCAGAUUGGGAGAAAGCCAUCGACCUCAUUUUGAAGCCGACCCCAUUAGGUAGGUCGCAUUGGCAAGUAAUUCUGAGGUUUUCAUGCUUUCGAAUUACCCCUCCGUGUUACCAAAUUAACGUGCCCUAAGAAUUAACACAGCACAAGUAAAGAGUUAUUGAGAUUUUUCGAGGGCUGUGGCUAUGUGGAUACGAAUUGCGACCCCGUGCGCAUGUAUUCUUCUCCUGACAUUCUACUGUGUUAUGCAUUCUUACCUGUUCGAUAUUAAACGAUUAUUCGGCACCUUGUAAUGGAGCCCACAUUGUUCAUAUGUACUGUAAUUAAGUCCAAGUCCCUUUCUUUCAAGUAAGCAGGCCAAUUCGGUAAACGGACCCCAAUCAACUCACCAAAGAAGCGUUGUAAGAUACCGAUAGUUAGCGUGCGCCAAUAACAAAUCUGCCUUUAAGUUGGCACGCUGGUUCCUGUUGAACCACUAUUUUCUGGACUUACGCGUCUCUUGACGUCCUCCGGCAUUUAUACCGAGAGAUGGAUGCAAGCCUUUUAACGAUACAGCGCAAUGCCGGUAUGUCUAAUCUAUGCUGUGUUUUUUUUGACAGAUCUGCCUGCAGUGAGGCAGGUAAAGGAGAAAUAUCUGGAGACACAGGCCGCUAAAGCUUGCGGGGACAAUAUGCCGCAAUGCCUUGAGAAGACGCUUCUGCUGGGCAUUGCACGUUAUGGAAAGACCCUGGCCGCCAUCCAAACGGCAAGCAUACCAAGCAUUUUCAUUAGUUUAUUUUUCUUCUUUGAAUUCAACUACUUUGAUGACACCGCACUCCUGCCGGUGGUCACGCAGUACUUUUCGGUGACAUUGAGCUGGCUGUCUGGUAUCGUUUUAAAACUGACUCUUAGAUAAGGAUUCCGCAACCAACCCAUGUUUUUGUUUCCAGCUUCCACGAAAUAUGCGCCAGCUGUACACUCAUAGCUAUCAAAGUCUGGUGUGGAACCGAGUCACCAGCCGGCGGAUUAGCGAACUUGGGUUGAAGUCGGAUGGCAAGGCCAUCGCCGGGGACCUCUUCUUUCCGCCCCUGGAAUCCACGCAAAAAGGUAGGAACAUAUUGGAAACCUCAAGUUCUCAUGCCGUACUCAUCCUUACAUCUUCGGCGCAGUGUUCUGAUUUGAUUCUUAUAAGUUAAUUGGUAUUUGGCUUGAUGUGACUCUUGGCGGGUCGUCGUUUUUAAUACAUAGUCUCGGCCUGAGGAUCAAAAUAAUGUGCAGAUGCCUUCAAGAGGGGAAUGGAGAAGCGCAGAAUUCCUGCAAGGCUGGAUAUUUAAUAACUCUAUUUGAUUCCUCCCGAACAACCUUCCCUUCCUCAAUCGUUACGCAUACGAGCAUGUCAAAAGAGCUCAGAUAGGCGCCGUAAUCUUCGGAUUCGUUAACAGUAGGCUCUUAUCCUUGACUGUCACGAACACCAGUAUUGACUCAAUGACACCGAAGGUGAUGAGUUUCUGCCUUCGAUUUUACCGCUUUUGUUGCUUUUCGAGGAAAAUUGAAAAACAACAUCUGCCUCUUCAUUUUGUCUUCGCGCGAACAUCCGAUGAUGAAGUAAGGACCAGUCUGAACAGCAAGCCUGUCAACACCCAUUUGCCGCAUCCGGCGUCAUGCGGGCGAGUUUGUGUUGAAACAUUCGUUACGAACGUCAGAAAUCACUGUAGUGGUCCGGAGAGUCUCUUUACUGAACUCGCUACGAAAUGUAUAGUGUUGUUGACUAAAUGACAAAAAAACCAAAAGUGCUGCCUUUUUGUUAUUUUUACAGGUGAGCGCAAAAGCUCGUGAAAAGCAUAGUUUUCUCAAGGGUAUCUUUUGUUUGUGGAGUUGCUUACUCGAUAACGUCUAUUUCUGUGUCAGCCGGGCUGCGUGAUGCGGUGACAAGCUUCUCGAGCUGCCUUCCUCCAGAGCAGAAGUUCAUUUUCCGAUCCCCUAAAUUCACUUUCUUCUACCGCUAAGGUCGAAAAAGUUCAGCCGCCAAGGCGUCUGUGCUGUACUCCCCUCGUUCCUUACCUUGAUGGAGAAUUACUGUGCCUCAAGGAACUGAGGUCCUGGCCGAGUUCAGUUUCACUUUCGAAUGCCUUAACCACCGAUGUCCUAUGGUUGUGCAAACUUGUGCAACGUCCUGAUUUUUGGUUAGACUUAGCAAUUCAUUUCGAAGGCGAACUUUUACACUUUAGGGCCAUGGUUAAUUUAAAGGCCGUUAAGUGACCCCAGUGAUUUCGAGACAAGAUAUGCGAGUGACGAUGAGAAAUUGUAUAUCCAAGACUGUCAUAAAACAAAGUUGUAAAAAGUAUUGCGAAUAAGAACAAAUGAAACGUGGCUGCCUCUUUCCGACUUUAUUCCUGUCAUAUGCCAGAUGUGCUCGUUUAUUCCAUGUAGAGCCUCGAGGUCUUUUAUAUUGACUGGUCCACUCGCAGCUAUUCACACCGUCAAAUUUGCGUGCGUUACCGGUUUUAGGUUGGUUUAUUCACUGACAGUGAACCAAACCCUUGACAGAGCAAAUAAAUCUGUGGCAACUUUUAUCCGUUGCCACUUCAGAGCUCGUCUACGCUGUUAGAACAUGUUCCGAAGCAAAUUUUAUGCCACACAUGAUGCUUGCGAAAGCUGCGUAGACAUUGCAGCCCAAUGUAUUUCACUGCUGCACCUUUUCUUAUGAACGCUGAUAACUUCUGAAGAGAUUGUCAUUUACCCCUUCCCUUCCAGGAAAACUUUUACCUAACUAUUAUAAGAACUUUCUUGCACCUCGAAAUAAAUAGCUGAUUCCUCAGGGCCUCAAACUGUGCCGACCGUCUUAGUUCUUCAUUCCAAACUGCUACAAUUUUCGGAACCAACACUCAUGUGUAGGAACAUCCAGGAUUGUAAGGUGGCACGACACCCGUGCACCAUCGCGUUUCUUGUUUCUGUAAAUAGUUUGAUCAUGGACUCUUGAUAUUUGCGUCUUGUUUGCCCCCAACUAAUGAAUGCGUGGGCAAUCUAAAGCUUCUGGAUGAGUAUUUCGGUGGGAUAGGCAGUAGGUAGUUUGCGCAUCACAAUGUGCUGUAGUAUUCAUGCACUGGGGUCCGAUUAUGUUCUUUCAUGUUCCAUGCCACCAAUAUAUGCGAUUUUGAUUAUAAUUACUGCGGCCCAAUUCUUUAAGAGUCGAUAAUGCAAUCGAUUUAUGUCUCUCUCCUGUUCCAGUGCCUUGGGAGCAAUAUCGUAAGUACGGUUAAGAACACGCAUAAGCCACAGUAAAGCAUUUGACAGACGGGUUUUGUGAUUGUUGCCCUCUUUCCAGGUCUUCGGUCCGUCGACUCGGCUUCCGAGCUCGUUUAUGAAGAUGCUGUCAAGGAAUCGUCUAGACCAGAAGAAUUUAGACUGAAGAAACCUACGGUCGCUCCGUCCAUACCGUCUGUGGUCAGUUCUUCGUCUGACGGUGAUCUGCCUUCAAUCUAUCAGGUUGUCCUGCCUCUUCCGGGCUACGACGUUAUUUAUCCUCAGAAUGAAGGUUCGUUAGCCUCUUUUGCGCCAAACGCCAACAAGCGUCUUGUUUUCACAGUAUCUCCUAUUUUUGUGUGUUUGUGUGUUUUCUCUCGCAGCUGGAAAGUGGUACUCAGAGAUUCUGGAGGAAGAUACGUUGAAGCUGGAGGACUUGCGACACAAAGUAAAGUGAGUUAACUUUCUAGGGGUGUACCACCUUUACCUACGGCCUUGACAGGUGUUCAUUUACGCAGUCUAAGUGGUGUGUGUAGAUGUGUACCCAGGUCUGUCGAAGAUAAACAACUCUUGACCGAUCACGCUGGCCACACCUAGGAACACCCCGCUCCUUCUGCGUUUGCGUGCAAGCCUGACUUCUGCUGCUCUGUACGCCCGCAUGCGUGAAAAUAUUACUAUCUUUGUGGGUUGGUUUUCACUGUGAUGUUUCUUCUUCCCAUAUAUUUAGGGAUUUUGCAUUGCCUGGAUCCUACCGUCACCUGGUGGUGAAACCAGAGGACGUACAUUACACCAUUAGGGAGUACACAGAUCCCCUGGCUCCGCUCAUUGAGAGCGACUUGAAGAAUUUAUCCAGUACACCGCCGUCUCCCAAUCACUCUACCCCUGUGGAAUUGUCUGGCAAGUUUCAGAUUGAUUACUAUCUUGAAAAAGGAAUUUUCGGAACUGCACCCUAGGGUUUGCUCGUAUGUUCCUAAGUGAAUGAUGUUAAAUAGUGCGCCGCCGGUAAACAAUCUUUAACAUUUUGACAGUCAUCCCCGGUACAUUGUCGUGCAAACAGCGACACAUGGAUUUAUUCGUGAUAUUGCUAAUGAUCUGUCUGAGUAAUCACAGUACAUGAAGGCUUUUUCGACCUCCCUAGGAUAUCGUUCAGACUUAAGUUCAAACUGUCGAACAAACACGCAUUUUAGCCGAAACUUCUUACUCAGUCUCUGUCACAGAUAAUUAAAAUGGACAUCUGCAAAAUCCAAUGAGCGAACAAGUAGCGAUGGCAAAUACUUAACUUUCGGAUGGAAACUGUAACCGCAGACCAAAGCAGGUAGAGAUAGGGUGACAGGAGCGCUGGUGGGCCUAAUUGUUUUAUUAAGGUAUCCUAAAAUCCUAGUUGUACACGUUAGCAAGAAAAAUCAGAGGCGGCCUAUUGUGCAUCCUAUGUAUACCCAUUCGCGCUUUUAUACUCAAGAGAAAGACAGAAGCCGUGGCGCCAGUGAAACGUUAUAAUCGGUUAACCACCGGUAACGCAUGCCGAGAGUUGGCUGCGAAGACCGGUGUGCACGCGAGGGAAAUCGGUGUCCUGUCAUUUAAAUUAUGCCCAGAACUAUCCCUGCGGCCGCAAACUUCAAAAAAGUCAUCUGACACUGGAAUAUGCAUAGAGCUCGAGCAUUCAUCUUUGAUAGCAAGCGAAUUCUGAAAGUUCGAUAACUGUGCUUUAGUAGCAAAAAUGUUUAACCGACCAAAGGCCACCUUAGCGACCCUUAAGAUAGAAAUGUAUGUGCUCUGCAAAACCGAACUUAUUGGGCCAAGUACUUGGAUAUCGGACAAGAACCAGAUGCUAUCCUCACGGGCGCCAAAAACGCCGGGUUCCUGAUUUUGACGCUGUCGUCCCCGCUCUGCAUUUUGGACAUUUUCAUAUUUUUGCUCCGUACAUUCCCUUACAGAAAGUUACUUUUGCUAUUUAUUCGUAAUGCCACCACAUUUAAGCCCCGAGUAUCACAUGGGAUCCGUAUUUGAAUUUGCAUUUAUUUCCACCUUUCAAGGAGAAUCUGUUGACCACGACAAGAAAGAGCAGGGUAAGCACGCUUCUAUUUCCUUCUCGGUGUAGGCUUUUGAAUUUCACUUUUUAAGUUAUUGGGAGUUUCUGUCUCCGCAAUUAAUAAGGACACCUGCUGUCAGACUAAAUAGUUAGUCGUUUUUGCGGCUUCCUAAUGUUGGUUUCAAGUCACCUACUACAACGAGUUCCGGGGAUCCUCUUUGACUUCGUUUUUAGUAAUUUUCAUCCGCAUACCCGAGACGUCACUUUUCCUUGAUUCGCAUAGUUUAGUGGACGUUCAAUUGUGAGACAGGAUCUUUGCCUACCCUUCCGCUGUUGUUUACUUUCACCUGAAAACAUUUACGACAAAAAUCCGCCGAGCGGUCUGGCGGAUCGUAAUGCAUCAUCCAAACCCCUCUGUCAUUGAGAACCUAGGCGAAUUUAUGGAAAACAAAAGACGUCUGCACAUCAUUCGUCAUGUUAUAAGCCCUAAUAAUUACGCCAAUUCGGGAGAUGUCCUAGAAAUACUUACAGCGUCUAACAACGCGCCUAUAUAAAUGCCUAAAUUACUGCAAUUUGGUCAGUACUUCAGUAAGAAAGAGAUUAGCAAAAUUGCAGGUGAGUCCUUCAAUUGAACUCAAGACGUCAGGUUUACGAGCGACCUUUGUCCCAAAUAACAAAAAAACGUCCCGUACGUAGUCCUUUAGUAGUGAGUUUGUGCAGUCCUAGCGUACGUUGAUGGGUUUAUGGAGAUUAACGUGGAUGGGGUGCCGAUUGAUCUGGUUAUGGUACGGCACAUUUUUUCCGUUGUGCCUUGAAGAUCUGGUGUAGAGCCCUCGCCGACACUUGAAAAACGACAAUAGUGCAGAAGGAACGCCGAUAAGUUUCUAACUCACUAACCGUCGCCAGCCAGCCAUACUCCAGGUCUAGGUAACUGCUGUGCAAACAUAUGCUCUUGCUACUAAGCCACGCAUUCAUUGUCCUAUCCAAUACGGCCGUCUAAUAAACCAGAAAUGAGCAUUCCAGUCUCCUUUGCCAUCCACGUUUUCACUUGUUGCACGACUGCUUGGAAGGGCACAACGGGGCGAACACUUCCUGUACCUAACCACAUCAUCGGACACCCCUUCUGCGUUACUUGAUACUACUGAGCGGCAGGACAGUAAACUCGCGGCUGCCAACUAAGGAUGUAGCUGAGGCUUCGCAGUCGACCCUAUACGUGUUUGUGCGGAGUGACCGACCGCAAAUCGGGCUCAAUGGCACCUUAAUGUGACCUCAAUGACACUAUCACGCAUGUGAGAUCGAAACAGACCACCUCCUUUGUGUGAAGACCUGGUAUGUUGUGCGGUGGGCUAGGUCGUGUGCGGUACGCGCACACGACUAUCUAACUCUGUCACAUCUAUCCACUCCUCGCUUCAGAUGGCUGACCGGCUCAGACAGUAGACUGGCGCCUGGGUGAGGGAAUUGAAAGUCGACUCUAUGGACUCCGUCCCCAUGGCACUGAGAGCAUAUUCCCCAGUCAGUGCGCCUGGUCCCACCUCCAGUCUUCUUGACCGGGCUCAGGUGGAUGAGGGUGAAUGCAGCAAAGGUCUCCUACUAAUAUAAACUAAUUUUCGCGCGAGUCACUGUCCCUGCACCCACGUUGCUGUGGGAAAUACGAUUGACAGUCGGUCUUGGAAAAAGAAAUAACAGUUCUUCUCCCGCCUUGUCGCUCACAUCCACGCCAGACUAUAAGCAGCACAAGGUCCUUUUCCUGGUGGUCCCUUUUUGUUGAUAAACUUCUUUUUUUCUCUGUGAUCAGCGAAGAAACGCGCCGUGGUACUCGAAUUCACCCUUCCAAAGGCUGCUUACGCGACAAUGGCUAUACGAGAACUCAUGAAGGAUGUCACAGUGAAACAAUAG